AUGGUGAUUUUUUCAAAUAAUGAAACACGAUUUAAAGAUUUAUUGGAUAAACUGGGUUUGGAAGUACUAGAAGAUACAAGAGUAAGACAAUUCGUUAUUCUAAUGUACAAAAUAACUCAUAACAUCUCCCCGCCGUAUGAUGAAUCUCUCUGACGUAUUCACUCUUAUAAUCUAAGAAAUUCAUGAGUAGACUUGUAUCUUCCUAAACCCAAGAUAGAGAUAGGGAAACAUAGCCUUCACUACAGAGGAUCGGUCCUCUGGAAUAAACUUCCAAUGGAAGCAAGAGAACAGGAAAGCUUAGACCUUUUUAAGUCAUUUUAUAGAGAUAAUGCUUUUUGCGAAGUCAUGUAAAUAUUGUCUUCGCAGGGAGCAUAAAUUAAAUUAUUUUUAGUGAGUAUACACAGCUGUCAUUUUAGUGUUUGUAAUUAGAAUGUAAUUUUAAAUACAACGUUAAUUACAAACGCGGGACUUUGAAAUGGCCACAGCUGCGUCGGGUCGACCUUGGCAUAGAAUUCAUGGGCUCCGUCACGAAAGAAAUGGAAAAACACAAAACAAACAUUCGCCGUGGGCGCACGAAGAUUCACCGGGACCAAGCGAUGGUGAAAAGAUAUAACCGCACCCUUGCUAAGCGCCUGUUCGGGCACCAAUAUGGUGUUGAAAUGCAACCUCCUGAAAGCCAAAGAUAUUCCGAAUGGGUCGUUCGGCUUCCCGUAUUGGUCUCUGCUCUGAGCGGAGAAGUCACUCGCCUCACAGGCAAAAAACCCGUUGCGGCCAUCAAAGAAAAAGCCGUUUAUUCCAAACCCUCUAUUCCUUAUCACAGACCUGUUAGUGUGCGGGAAAAAAUGGCUCCUUUCCGAUACAGCUGUGCGCUAUCUCUACCAACCCGGCAAGCUUAA